GUACUUCUACAACAACCCUGCCAGGUAGGACACCCCCCCCCCUUUCCUCUUAAAGUAGACAUGUCAGGGCAAGUCCGGGCAGGUCCAGACUUGCCCUUUGCGCCUGCGCACGGCAGCCGCCCAACCCUGCUGCGCAUGUGGCACAUCUAACAAAUCAGCAGGGAGCUGUGAGUGCGUCUAUGACUUUUCCAGACACGCCCCGUGGCAUAAAUAUGUCUUUUCAAGUGAGAAAUCCUACAGGGCUGUGUUCAACAUGGAUAUGAGCUGUGAAAGUUUGUUCACUCUCACACCGCCGGCGGCGCCCCGAAGAAAACAGAGGCCAGCUAAAAGGCACCUCAGCAUGGAGAACCAGGAGAACCAGGAUCCUGACAUUAACAGAAAACUAACGUUUUCUCCAGAGGUGAAGGCAGAAGAGCCCCUCGUUGUUUCAAGUGCCGAUUCUGAACAACAAGAGCAGCAGAAAUGCACAUUUCACCAGUUGACCAGAGAUGGAGGAUCUGUUCAAUUUUGGCGCUCACUCUCCGGCCUCCAAGAUUGUGGGUGGACGGUCCCAGCUACGCAAAGACGGUCAGCAUUCUGGAAAUUAUUGAAAGCUGCUGUCUGCGUUAUUCUAGAGAAGUGUGCUUCGCAUCUGAACAAGAAAAACUGCCUCGGUUGCAUCUUUGAAAUGGGCGGUCAACUGUCCCAUUCAUGUCUUUCAGAGGAUGUCCAGCAUUUUGAUCAGCUUUUAAAAGAUGCCUGCCACAAUCUUAAGAUUGUGCCAUUGUUAAACACAUGCCUAUAUGUGGGAGCCAGCUUGGGAUGUUUUUGUCUGAACCAGAAUAAUAUUAUUUCCAUUGGAAAAAUGAUUCAAAAAAUUUCUAAUGCAUGGUCCCCAAUAGCAGAGUUGAAGAAGGUCAGAGAACUGUGCCCUCAACAGUAUAUUUCCAUCGCAGAAAAAUAUUUAGCCCAGUCUGGCCUUGAAAAUGUGCUUGACACCUUUUUGUAAAGAAAGAGCUGGACCUUGUAAAUAAUAAAAUUAAUUUGUAUAUGCUUUAUGUAAAAAUCAAGCCAGUGCUACCAUACAAUGCUGUAAAAUAAAUUUGAACCUGUGGUGUAAAUAAAGCUCAAUAUUGUAAAUCUUAUAAA